CCUUGUGGGGUGUACUUUCGUUUUCAAUAAAUCUCUGCUUUUGUUGCUUCCUUCUUUCCUUACUUUGUGUGUUUUGUCCAAUUCUUUGUGCAAGAACGCCAGAGUGACAUAACAAUUCAAACCAUGAAAAGGUAACAGAGCCCUUUGCACGUCUCAACACGUGGUGACACAGCUAAUAACCUGUGAUGCAUACAUGGGAGCAAAUGCAUAGAAAAACUUGUCAAUGACACGGCAAAGUAAAACCCAAAUGAAGCAAGGUGAAAGAAUGGGCUGCAGCGCAGGCAAAACGGCACCACGUUACAGACUGCUCGCCUGGGAUGGAACGGUGGGGAGUUCCCUCCUCACAGGGUCGCUAUAACGAGGUAACAUACAGCACUUAGAAGACGGCCUGACCCAGAAUAACACUAAUGUUCACAUGGCAGCGACUCUCAGACCAAAAUCAAUAGCCGGUAUCUACUGAAACUUCAGCAAGGCGAAACCACGGGAAUGGCGCUCCGUUGAGUAGAGCAACGCAUAGCACAUCACAUCACAUCCUCCGCAGCGGGAGACUCUGGCCUCACCGGAGCGGCACUUCCCGGAAGAGCCCAGGACAUUCGGGGACCGGCACCGGACAGCGGCCCAGGCCCCCUGGCGCCCAGCUGGCCGCCCUGUUGCAGCUCUUAUGCCAAGACCUGCGCCUAACGGCAGGAAUUCCAACGGUCAUCAUUUAUUCUUGGCGCUAAGCUGCCGCUCCUCUUUUCUAUCACCACAGAGUAACGCAGACCCCACCGUUUCCUUCCAUUCUAAGCCAACCACUCCAGCAGCCACCGGGGUUCCAGGUUAUGCUGGGGCUGCACCACCGCACCGGAGGCUUUUGAAGCCACGCCUGGAAGCGGAGGAUGGGCAGGAUUUGCCCCGUGAACUCUCGCGCACGCAGGCACCGCGCGAGGCCCGGGCGCCCGAGCGGGGAUUCCCUCCCCUAUCACCAGCUCCAGCGUGGUGCCCCCCCGCAGUGGAGCCCAGAGCCCGGCCGUCCAGCAGCGUAUAAACUGGCCCAUGUCUGCGGUGUAACUGCACCGCGCUGGGGAUCCGCCUCCUCCCGCCAGGGUGAGGGCGCCGUCCUCCAGUGUAUGCUACGCAGGCGCCCCCCGCCCUCCCGGUCACGUGCUGCAGUGUGGUCAUGUGACCACGCCUACAGCCGAAGAGGAUGGGAAAAUGCCGCCCUGUUCCUGAACAGGAAGCGGAAGCAGGAAGGAACUGAGAACACUGGCAUCUGCUGCCGCCCUGAAUCAGCGUUAGCAUGUGGAGGCAACCUCAGCCCCCAGUUUUUUAAGACGAUAAUUCAGAUUCAGACACAGGAAUUAUGGUGAGGGUAGAUAUGGACUGGAAGGUUCGUUCCCCUUGCCCACCAAGAAAGACUCCAGAGCAGGUGGGUUCCUGAUGUCUGCAUCUGCAUGAAGCCCUGGGCUUUCCGGACCUCCCUACUUUUCCUUAGAAUUCACAGCACAGCUGAGCCAAAAUGUAUUCCUGCCAAAACGGGCAUUUCCCGAAAGAAAAUAUUGUUUUAGGUUCA